AUGCUAAUUACUUUAAAGAUUCAUGUGACUGAUAAUAUUGACUAUUUGGAUUCUGAUGCAUUUCUGGGACUUAACACUGUAAAAACGUUAGACUUAAAUGACUGCGUCAGAGUUAGUUUGAAACAAAUAAUACCAGCAUUUCGUGGAACAGACAAAUUACCUCGGUUGGAAGAACUAUUUCUGUCAAACUUUGGUAUUAUAAGACCACCCACGUCCAUUGAUUCUCUAUUUUCACUCUCGCUAAAGGGUAAAAAUAUAACACAUCUUGAUGUCAGCAUGUCACAAAUAUCAAUGUUUAACGUUACAGCUAUCGUACAAGAUUUGAAUCACUUGAAAGUGUUAAAUUUAUCGUAUUCAACAGUUGGUGACGUAUUUACAAAAGAAAUUAAAGUAAGCGAUCUGAUGCAUAUGAACCUUAUAGUGGACGGUAGUCAUGCUGUUUUUCCUAAAGCAUGGUUCAGUGAACCGUUUGGAAAGAUUAUCAUUUCAAACUAUACUAUUGAAAACAUUGAUCCCAGAGGCCAUCUUAAACUUUUCUUUGCUUGUAAAGUUAUCAAUGCGACUGGCAUACUUUCUGUGCCAAAUUCAGUCUGGGUUGAAAACUGCAAGGUCAAUAUCGAAAACCCUAUCACUUGGAGCACAAGAGGGGUGAUAGCAAGACACAACAACAUAAAAAGACUUGAUAUCAACAUUCACUGUUCUAACUACAAAGCAAUAAACUUUGAACAUACAGACAUAUCCAACAACGGAAUGGAAUUUAUACAUCCUAGUAUACUGAAAUGCGUGAUGCCAAAUAUUUCAAGACUAGAUAUGUCAGGUAAUCAGCUAUUUAAAAUGGAAGAGGAAAGCUCAAAAUUGUUUGAGGAAAUAUUUCAGUCUUUGGCUAAAUUAUGCACGGUCAGUUUAUCACGAAACAACUUAGAUAUUAUUCCAACGCGUAUGUUUAAAAAUAAUGUUAAGUUGAAAGAAAUUGACCUGUCUCAUAACAAAUUGAAUCAAAUUACGUUCAAAUUGUGGCACCUGAAAAAUCUACGAAUUCUUGAUUUACGAGGUAAUCAUCUACAUGUUCUUGAUGCGAAAUCUAUAAAGACAUUAAAUUCUAUACCUCAAAAUUCCAACAGAAGUUAUUCAAGUGCAUUGCUGCUUUUAGAGGAUAAUCCCUUUUCUUGUUCCAAGUGCACGACAAAACGUUUUAUACAGUGGCUUACCACCACACAUCUUCUCAAUCGCUCUUCACAACAUCUUACCUGCUCAAUGGAAGAUGGAUCUAGAGAUAAUAUCACUACGGCAACAGUCGAGAUGAUACAGAAAAUCUGUAACAGAAAAAUCGUAACUAUAGCUACAAGCAUAUCAUCUGGCGUGUUUUCCCUGAUCAUUGGUGUCUCAAUUUUUGUGGUAUAUAAAAGAAAGAAACACGCUCGAAAGAUGGCAAAGUUAGAAAAUGUUCUACAAAAUUUAACUGAAGGUCAAGGUCAGUUUGAAUUUGUAACAUUUCUGUCUUACAGUAGUAAUGAUAAAGACUUUGUAGAAAUGUGUCUGUAUAAUCAACUGAAUGAAAAUUUGAAAAUCAUGACUGGAAUAGAAAGAAACUUGGUAUGUACAGGCGAUGGGUACUUACGGCUAGGUUUCAAUAUUUUAGAUGAAACAGCAAGAUGUAUAGAGAGGGCCUCUGUAGUGAUUGCAGUUGUAUCUAACAGUUACUGUGAAAGCAGUUACUGUCAUACUGAACUAGAUCAAGCAUACAGACUCAAUAAACCGAUCAUACUUAUGCUUAAGGAACAUGUUGGCGAAGAACUUAUGAUGCCUACAAUGAAAAUGCUCUUCAAGAACAAUGUAAGAAUGUUAUGGACCGUUGAAAAUGGUGAAUAUGUUCUAAAAACGACAUGGCAAAAUGUGUGUACAUCAGUUCUGGAGCUGAUAGUUCGUGAUGUAUAA